UUUUUUUCACGGAAGCGGUUGGAUAAUAAAAACUAUUUAUUCAGAAGUUAAUCCAAAAGAAUGAAUCUGAAUCUUUAAGAUGUCUGCUGAAAACCAAAACAGACCAUUUAAGAUAUGGACACAUGAUAGAAAGUUAAAGAAAUCUGUUACUGCUACAACUUUGGAUGAAUUACUUGAAAAAAGUAAGAAGAAAUUAGAUCUAGAUAAUAAAGAUGAUAUUAAAGUUGUAUUAGAAGAAGAUGGGACAGAAAUUGAUGAUGAAGAUUAUUUUAGUUUUGUAGCCAGUAAUUCAACAUUAAUGAUACUAACAAAGGAUCAGCAAUGGAAUAAACCAUCAAAGAUUUCUACUGAUAAUGAUGAGACUGACUAUGGGUCUGGUUUAACAGAUAGAAGUAAACAAUUAAUACUAGGAUUACAGAAAGAUCUGUCCAGAAUUAUUGCUUUCUCUAAUGAAGAUUUAGAGAAUAUUAUCUCAGCUGAUAGUAAUGAUUUAUGUCACCUUCUUCAAGAAACAGAAUGUUAUGUAAAAGCUUUACAAGAGGCUUGUCAACGUCAUUUAGAUGAAAGACAACUAAGUACUGAAGCUAUAGAUCUUCUGCGUUUAUAUCACCAGUCUCGGAAAAACAGUCCAUAUGUUGAAGAUGAAGGGGGUAAGAAGCGAAAAGCUGAUCACUCAUGCUAAUAUUCCUUGUCUUCUUUUUUUUAUCUCAAUACUUGUAGUUUUGGAUGUUUUUUUAAACUUAUUUUAUUUUCAUGUUCAUGAUAUCAAUAAUAUAAUUCUUAGAUUGGAAUACACCAUUUUUUUUUUUUAAAUAUUAAUCAUUAUUAAUGGGUAAAUAAAUCAUAAUUGGAAGUGAACUAAUUUAGCUCCCUCUAACAUUUCAGAAAAGUAGGACGUAAAACUCCAUUCAUUUCAUUUUCCCUCUAACAUGUAAACUUUAUAUGCCAGUCAAUAGUCAUUGCUUUGAAGUUUGUCCAAUCUGUGCAUUAUAUUGUCAUAUUUUAUUUUAUUCUUUAUGGAUAAUAUUGCACAAUAUGUUAGAUUAUAGUUGUUUGUGUCAGAGAUAUCUGAUAUUGAUAAACAUAUAAUUGAUAGUAAAGACACAAGUAU